AUGUCUCCCUCGGCUGUUGAUCCUCCCGCGUCCGUUGGCGCCGUCAAGCCGUCCAAGGCUAACAUCGGUGUCUUCACCAACCCCGCACACGAUCUCUGGAUCACCGAGGCCGAGCCCAAGUUGGAGGCUGUCCAGGCCGGAGAGGGACUGCAGAAUGGCGAAGUCACCAUUGCUAUCCGAAGCACCGGCAUUUGCGGGUCCGACGUUCAUUUCUGGAAGCACGGAUGCAUCGGACCCAUGAUCGUCGAUGGCGACCACAUCCUCGGCCACGAGUCCGCCGGUGAAAUCAUUGCCGUCCACCCCAGCGUCACCCACCUCAAGCCUGGCGACCGAGUUGCCGUCGAGCCGAACGUCAUCUGCAACGAAUGCGAGCCGUGCCUCACUGGUCGCUACAACGGUUGCGAGAAGGUGCAGUUCCUGUCCACCCCGCCGGUCCCGGGCCUUUUGCGGCGAUAUGUCAACCACCCGGCCGUGUGGUGCCACAAGAUUGGUAACAUGACAUACGAGAACGGUGCGAUGUUGGAGCCGCUGAGUGUGGCGCUGGCUGGUAUGCAACGUGCCGGUGUGCGUCUCGGUGACCCGGUGCUCGUCUGCGGUGCGGGACCCAUCGGUCUCAUCACCCUUCUCUGCGCCAAGGCUGCCGGUGCCUGCCCGCUGGUUGUCACCGACAUCGACGACGGCCGUCUGGCUUUUGCCAAGGAGCUGGUGCCGACGGCCAUUACCCACAAGGUUGGGCGCGGCACUGCCGAGGAGGAGGCGAAGCGCAUUGUCGAGUCCUUCGGCGGCAUUGAGCCCGCUGUGGCCAUGGAGUGCACCGGCGUUGAGAGCAGUAUCGCUUCGGCCGUGUGGGCGUGCAAGUUCGGCGGCAAGGUCUUCAUCAUUGGUGUUGGACGCAACGAGAUCAGCUUUCCCUUCAUGCGUGCCAGUGUGCGCGAGGUGGACAUCCAGCUGCAGUACCGCUACUGCAACACCUGGCCCAGGGCGAUUCGUCUGGUGGAGAGCGGCGUUAUUGACCUCAGCAAGCUGGUCACGCACAAGUUCAAGCUGGAGAACGCGCUCGAUGCGUUCGAGACGGCCAGGGACCCGAAGACGGGCGCCAUCAAGGUCAUGAUCCAGAGCUUGGAGGACUAA